UGCAAAAACAUCCGCCCUACGUUGGCCAGGACGAGAGUAUUUAACGGAGAUCGCAUAUACUGUUUUCAUAAACUGUGGAGUUAAACAAAAUAAUGGCAAACACGAAUUUCUUUGCUAUUCUGUCACUGUGUGUGUGCUAUUAUGCAAAUGGAGUUGCAAUACGCAAGAGUCCUCCAAUCGACUCAAUGCCUCCAGUUGAUCCGCCGAUGCCAGGACCUCCAAUUGAUCCACCUAUGCCAGAACCUCCAGUUGAUCCACCGAUGCCAGGACCUCCAAUUGAUCCACCUAUGCCAGAACCUCCGGUUGAUCCACCGAUGCCAGGACCUCCAAUUGAUCCACCUAUGCCAGAACCUCCAGUUGACCCACCGAUGCCAGGACCUCUAAUUGAUCCACCUAUGCCAGAACCUCCAGUUGAUCUACCGAUGCCAGGACCUACAAUUGAUCCACCUAUGCCAGAACCUCCAAUUGACCCACCGAUGCCAGGACCUCCAAUUGACCCACCGAUGCCAGAACCUCCAAUUGACCCACCGAUGCCAGGACCUCUAAUUGAUCCACCUAUGCCAAAACCUCCAGUCGAUCCAUCGACGAUAGUUGAUCGACUAAUAAUAGAUCCACCUAUGAUUGAUCCACCGAUAGUUGAUCCACUUGUAAUUGCUCCACCGAAAAUUGAUCCUCCAAAAACAAUUAAACCGGUCAAGCCGACGCCGACGGGUUCCGAGGAGCCACUCGAUCUGGCAUUUAUCAUGGACACGACCGGAAGUAUGUCGUCUUACAUCCAUACCGCAAGAGAGAAUAUUCAGAAAGUUGUGGACAGAAUUGUGCAGAGUUCUAGGACUGAUAUACGUUUUGCCCUUAUUGAGUACAGGGAUCACCCGCCAGCCGAAAGUACGUUUGUUGUAAGAAAAAAUGACUUCACUUCAUCGGUCUUAACCAUGAAAUCAUGGCUGGAGAAAGCCGAAGCUAGUGGAGGUGGAGAUACACCGGAAGCAGUUGCCGACGCCCUUCACUCUGGAACUACUCUGUCCUGGCGCCCAAAGGCUGUAAAAGUCGCAGUGCUAGUGUCGGACGCUCCACCACAUGGUUUGGACCCUUCUAGUGACACCUCGUUUCCCAAUGGACUUCCUGGAAUAUAUGAUCCUAUCGAGAUGGCGCAUAAGCUUGUUGGAAAAGGCGUCACGCUCUAUACCGUUGGAUGCGAACCUGCAAUAUCGCCUUACAAAGACUUUUUCAUGGCACUAGCCUACAUUGCUAGCGGCCAAUACAUUCCUUUGAGUCGUCCAAAGGUUUUAAUCGAUGCAAUUAUUGGAGGAGCUAAAGAGGAACUAUCCCUUCAGCAUUUUUCUGCCGACGUUCAACGUGAAAUCGAAAAGCAACAGGCAUCCGGUGGAACAGUGGACAGGGCACAAAUUGCUCAAACCGUGUAUGACCAACUUAGUAGCCAGAAUACGAAAACGACUCAACUUUUGCGCAAUGAUAAACCACUUGAAGGACCAUCAAGCGAUGCUAUAGCAAUUGCAGCGACAGGUAGUAUGGCAGAAGCCAGAAAAGUGUUCAAAAAGGGAAGUGCACCUGUUUAUUCAAGUGACUUUUCUAUAGGACGACCAUCACGCGUUUUUAGUAAGAUGAGCAUAAUGGGUGGCGAUGCGUUUUCUGGUAUUGAAACGUUUUCUGACAUGAUGGAAAGUCCUUAUGCAAGGAUGGAAUCGAUGCCUAUGGCGUCUUCGUUUGGCAUGGAAAGUGCUGGUGCAAGCCGAAUGGCAUCGCCGCCCGUGGCGUCUUCCGUUUCCGCUGAAAAAGAGACAUAUACGGCAGUGGACGCUGCAGUUACUCUGGAGCAAAUAAAACGACUAGUGAAUAAGGAAGCGGCAAAAACUGGAGCCUAAUUGAUUCUUAAUUUAAUGUAUAUAGUCCGCGCUUAAUAAGUUGGUCAUUAUAUCUAAGGUUAAGUCAGGAAUGUUUAAUGGAUUGAUACCUUAAAAUUUCUACUCUAUUACGUUUUAUCACCUCACACAUAUAUGACCGACUGAUCAUUGCAGUGAACAUAUUAUCUACACAGAUUCAGAUAUUUGUUAAAAUGUUAUUGUGGAGAAUGUGGUGAACAUGUCCGGCAGAUUGAUACUGAGUAUAUCUUUGUCAUCGUAUACACAGGCAUCUGAAUCAUUGUUUGUCACUAAAAUGUUGUUUAAAACCAUUUUGGGUACAUACAAUGACAACACAUCUGAAUAUAUUUAGUGUCUUUGAUAUACAAAAAAGAAACGAAUUUCUUUUUCUUUUUUGUAUAUCAAAGACACUAAAUAUCUAUGUGUUGUUCAUCUCAUUGUAUGUACCCAAAAUGGUUUUAAACAACAUUUUAGUGACAAACAAUGAUUCAGAUGCCUGUGAUCGUAUAUAUUUUAGUGCUUGUUUCUGGCUGCAUAAUGGUUUGAACCUGCAAACUAUGUUUUAUAUACAUACGUAUAUAAGAUGAAAUAAAAUGUAGGUCUGAUCGGUUUGGUCCAAGCUUUCAGAGCGCCGACAUACAGUGUUUUGAUACAAAUUAUAAGCUAUGGAAAUAAUUAUGUACCAGUGUGCUUUUUUCUGUAUAUUUAUAAAAUCUUGUAUAAGCGCCUAAUUUAUCACUAAUAAACUAAUUUAACCCGUGA